UCGGAGUGGCGGGAAAGCAGCGGUCCCACCUCCGGCUCUGAUCCCUGGGCUUGGACUCGCUGACUGUGGUCUCGCACCCAUUCGGGCUAAUGGAUUCUGCUGAGGUGGAGUUCCUGGCCGAAAAGGAGCUGGUCACCAUCAUUCCCAAUUUCAGUCUGGACAAGAUCUACCUCAUUGGGGGGGAUCUGGGACCAUUUAAUCCUGGCUUACCUGUGGAAGUCCCUCUUUGGCUGGCAAUCAACCUAAAACAGAGACAGAAGUGUCGAGUGAUCCCUCCUGAAUGGAUGGAUGUUGAAAAAUUGGAGGAAAUACGAGAUCAAGAGAGAAAGGAAGAAACAUUUACCCCAAUGCCUAGUCCUUACUACAUGGAACUUACCAAACUGUUAUUAAAUCAUGCCUCGGACAACAUCCCCAAAGCAGAUGAGAUCCGGACCCUGAUUAAGGAUACAUGGGAUACUCGAAUAGCUAAACUCCGGGUGUCUGCCGACAGUUUUGUCAAACAGCAAGAAGCUCAUGCCAAGCUGGACAACCUGACCUUGAUGGAGAUCAACACGGCUGGAGCAUUCCUCACCCAGGCCCUGAAUCACAUGUACAAACUCCGCACCAACCUCCAUCCUGGAGAGAGCGCUCCGUCUCAGGACUUUUAAAGGAAAGUGUUGUGACAAGAGAGACCCCCCCCUUAAGCUCUGUAAGACUGGGGGUGGGGGGAGGCUAGCUAAACCUGACCCACUCCGUAGGAAUGAACUUCCCCUAUUUGGGAAUUUAUUGACAUUCUCAGAAUGUCCGAGGCACCUGGAGAUGACAAGGGGCAGUGAGUCAGUCACCUUUUCUCUUUCAGUAAGAGAAACAACAGUUAUGAGACUGACUGUUAUUCAUCAGGCCACCCUCACUUGCAGAAGAUGUCCUGUGGCCCUGAAUCUAUCUCAGACCCUAGAAGGGGAAAGAUUUAUAUGAUCUAUCUCAGACCCUAGAGCAAAACAAUUCCUUCUCUGGCAGAUUGCUCUCCAGCCCCCAUCCCUUGCCAAAAUGAAUGGUGCUAAAGCACUUAGAGUUUAUGAGUUCAAGUUUUUUGAAUUUGCCCCUUACUUUAGAAAAAAAAAUUCAGUUAUUGUUUCCUUUGUUUGAUAAUGUAGAUAACCUCAAUCAUUGGCCAUGGACCCAGGGAGUGGAUAAUCCCGACUUAUUCCUCUUAACCUUCUCCUCCACUGGGUAUGGCAUAAACUGCAGUUUAAAAUUAGUAGGGAUUGGGCAGCUAGGUAGGGGCUCAGUGAAUUAUUAGGCCUGGAGAGGGAAGGUCCUGGGUUCAAAUGUGGCCUCUGAUACUUCCGAGCUGGGUGACCCUCAUGUAAGUCCCUUAACCCCCAUUGCUUAGCCCUUGCUGCUUUUCUGUCUUGGAACGGAUACUUAGUAUUGAUUUCAAGAAGGGAAGAGAUUCUCCUCAUUCUCCCAAUUUCAUUCUGCUUCAGUUGAUGUGAGGUAUUCAUUCAGAAGGAAAGUAAAGGUUUAAAAGGAAAAGCCUGGUAGAGAUUGAUGCUUUUCCUUUGACUGUAUAUCUUUACAAGAUAACGGUGGCACAAUUAUGAAGAUAUGAUUUAGAAUUUAAUGCUGUCUUUGUUUCAUUUUUCUACCGACCUAACUAUCUUCUCAGCCAGGUUGUGAAGUUAGAAAUAUGGCGGAUUGGGACAAUCGUAUUGGGUUGUUAGUGAUGUUGACAUGUUUAGCUUUGGCUCUUUCUAGUGAAACACAGAGACUGAAUCAACUUCAGAAGGGGCAUAACAGUCUGUAGGGUUUGCCCAGUAUUACUGCUAAUAGUAAAUGGUCACCUAGUUUAUGUGUCAAAGUGGUUGAAAGAGCUGGGCCGGCCGUUUCAUUCUGGGGUCAUUUUAAAGGCCAAGUUGAAUUGCACACCAGACACGUGGCCAGUUGUUUGUCAAUAAACUGAUAAACUAUUC